AUGGUCGACAUCGUCCCCCUAACCUCCUACCCCUCCUACAUCGACCUCCUCCCCUCCAUCCAAACCUGCAACAUCACCAACCUCCCCGAGAACUACUUCCUAAAAUACUACCUCUACCACGCCCUCACCUGGCCGCAGCUGAGCUUCGUCGCUGUCGUCCGCCCCAAGAAUGGCUACACCCGGACUACCGGCAGCGGGGCUAGCGGCCAACCCGACCUCUCAGGCCAAUACCCCAAGGUCGUAGGCUACGUGCUUGCUAAAAUGGAGGAGGAGCCCACGGACGGGAAGCAGCAUGGGCAUAUUACGAGUUUGAGUGUGAUGAGGACGCAUAGACGGCUGGGGAUCGCGGAGAGGUUGAUGAGGAUGGCUCAAAGAGCAAUGUCCGAAUCCCACCGCGCAAGCUACGUCUCGCUGCACGUGCGCGUCUCCAACACCGCUGCGCUGCGCCUGUACCGCGACACGCUGGGCUUCCAGGUUGAAGACGUCGAGAACAAGUACUAUGCGGACGGGGAGGACGCCUACGCGAUGCGCAUGGAUCUGUCGGGCCAGUGGCUUGAUUGGGAGGAGAUCGAGAGGCAGGAUCGGUUGCGGGCGCAGAGUGAUGAGAAGGAGGGGGAUGAGGGCGGGGAGGUGGGCGAGUUGGGGAAGAAGGAGGAUGGGAAGGAGGAGGAGAAGAUGGUUAAGGUUAAGGUUGGGAGGGGGUUGGGGGUGGGGGAUUUGGUGGAGAAGAAUGAGAGUCAGGCUGUUUGA